AUGGACGGCAAACGCCAUCUUUCCUCCUUCCAACAGCUGGAGAAGCUUGGAGAGGGAACCUACGCGACGGUCUUCAAGGGACGUAAUAGACAGACCGGCGAGUUCGUCGCACUUAAGGAGAUCCAUCUCGACUCGGAGGAGGGCACACCCAGCACCGCGAUUCGGGAGAUAUCCUUGAUGAAGGAACUCAAGCACGAGAAUAUUGUGGGACUACACGACGUCAUUCAUACCGAGAACAAGCUUAUGUUGGUGUUCGACUACAUGGACGGCGAUCUCAAGAAGUACAUGGACACCAAGGGAGAGCGGGGGGCCCUCCACCCUGAUCUCAUCAAGUCCUUCAUGUACCAACUCCUGAAGGGCAUCGACUUCUGCCACAAGAACAAGGUGCUACACCGAGACCUCAAGCCGCAGAAUCUCCUGAUUAAUGGCAAGGGGCAGCUCAAGCUGGGCGACUUUGGCCUGGCGAGAGCCUUUGGCAUUCCUGUGAACACCUUCUCGAACGAGGUGGUGACGCUGUGGUACCGGGCCCCCGAUGUGCUGCUGGGAAGCAGAACCUACAACACGAGCAUCGAUAUCUGGUCAGCAGGCUGCAUCAUGGCGGAGAUGUACACUGGCAGGCCGCUGUUCCCCGGCACCACGAACGAGGACCAGAUCAACCGCAUCUUCCGGAUCAUGGGCACACCCACAGAGCGGACGUGGCCAGGCAUCACGCAGUUCCCCGAGUACAAGAACAACUUCCAGGUCUAUGCCACCCAGGACCUCCGCGCCAUCCUGCCCAUGAUCGACCCGGACGGCAUCGAGCUGCUGCAGAAGAUGCUCCAGCUGCGGCCAGAGCUUCGCAUUAGCGCCGAGAAGGCCCUGGAACACCGCUGGUUCAAGACGCUGCCGCAGUUCCAAAACUCGCACGUGCAGCCAGGCCAAGCCAUGAACUACCAGCAACAGCAACCCCUUCCUUCUCAGGGCUACCCAACACAGCAGCCUCAGGGCGGUUAUCCGAGUUAUUAG